AAAACCAGUGUCCCGUGUCGUGGAGCUUGGAGCGGUUCGUUACGAAAAAUGACCAUGGAGAACAACGAAACCGCAGUGGAUUCCAAAUCCAUUAAUAAUUUUGAAGUAAAGACCAUACAUGGAAGCAAAUCAAUGGAUUCUGGAAUGUAUCUGGACAAUAGUUACAAAAUGGAUUAUCUUGAAAUGGGUGUGUGUAUAAUAAUCAAUAAUAAGAACUUUCAUAAAAGCACUGGAAUGACACCUCGCUCUGGUACUGACGUUGAUGCAGCCAAAUUCAGAGAGACAUUCAUGAGCCUGAAAUACGGAGUCCGGAAUAAGAAUGAUCUUACUCGUGAAGAAAUUGUGGAGUUGAUGGAUAAAGUCUCUAAAGAGGACCACAGCAAGAGGAGCAGUUUUGUUUGUGUGAUUCUAAGCCAUGGUGACGAAGGAAUCAUUUUUGGAACCAAUGGCCCCGUUGACCUAAAAAAGUUAACUAGUUACUUCAGAGGUGAUUACUGCCGAAGUCUAACGGGAAAACCCAAACUCUUCAUCAUUCAGGCCUGCCGGGGUACGGAGCUGGACUGUGGCAUUGAGACAGACAGCGCAACUGAUGAUGAUAUGGCGUGCCGGAAGAUCCCGGUGGAAGCCGACUUCCUGUACGCUUACUCCACAGCACCUGGUUACUACUCCUGGAGAAAUUCAAAGGACGGGUCCUGGUUCAUCCAGUCACUUUGCGCCAUGCUGAAGCUGCAUGCACACAAGCUUGAGUUUAUGCACAUCCUCACUCGCGUUAACCGGAAGGGAGCGACAGAAUUUGAGUCCUUCUCCCAUGACUCCACUUUCCAUGCAAAGAAACAGGUUCCAUGCAUUGUGUCUAUGCUCACAAAAGAACUCUACUUUUAUCACUAAGAGAAUGAGUGGGAGGCGUGUUUCUGUUUCUUUUGUUUUGAAUGCCAAAUGAGGAAACCAUGUCAGGGAGACUUCAAUUCCCUCUCGUUUAAAUCAGAUGCGAUGCUCCAGAUGGUACUUUGAACCACAGCACCGCCCUAGCAAUGCAACCACAGUGCAGCUACCUCAAGUUCAACAUCAGGUAGUUGAAAUGGAUUUUAUAAUCAGGAACAAAAAAAUGUCAAUGUCAAGUAUCAUUAUAGAGGAAAUUACCGAUUUACCCUUUUG